GCUCCCUGGACUCAGCAUGAGCUGCAGGGUCAUGGCCAAGAUGAAGGGAAUCCUGAUCCUGGGGCUCUUCUUGGCUACUCCCAGCUGCCUUGGCUACUUUGAGGACCUGGCCAAGUGCUUCCAGGACCCCGAAUACGAGUCCAUCCUUGUCACAGCACAGGAGGGGCUCCACACCUCCCCGCUGACCAAGCGUGUGAUAGUGGUGGGAGCUGGCAUGUCAGGUCUGGCGGCAGCCAAGGCCCUCCAAGAUGCUGGCCACCAGGUAACCAUCCUGGAAGCCAGCAACCAUGUCGGGGGUCGAGUUGUCACAUUCAGGAAUGAGAAGGAAGGCUGGUACCAUGAACUUGGACCCAUGCGAAUCCCAAAGUCCCACAGGCUGGUUCAUACCUACGUCAAGAAGCUUGGCCUGAAGCUGAACAAGUUCAUACAGUAUGAUGACAACACCUGGUACCUCAUCAAUGGACAACGCUAUCGCACCAGGGAGGUCAAAGACAAUCCAGAGGUCCUGGGCUAUUCCGUGGACCCAGUGGAGAAGGGCAAAGGCCCCACAAAUCUCUUCUACCAGUCCAUCGCCAAGGUCAAACAAAAUCUGAAAAAUUUCAACUGCAGCCGCCUGAUAUCCUUUUACGAUUCUUACUCAACCAAGGCUUACUUGCUGAAAGAAGGGGCGCUGAGCGAAGGAGCAGUAAAGAUGAUCGGGGCUCUGAUGAAUGAGGAUUCUGGAUACUAUAAGUCCUUCCUGGAAUCCCUGAGGAGUAGCUUCAUCUUCUCCAAUAGUGACAACUUUUCCGAGAUCACCGGUGGCUUUGACCAGCUCCCCAAAACCCUCAGCAGCAGCCUGAAGCCUGACACCAUCCGUCUGGGCUCCAAGGUGGAGACGGUAGUGAGGGAUGGGCCCACGGUUCAGGUUUCCUACCGGGUGGGCAAACACAGCUCCAGACUGUACACCCUCACCGCAGACUUUGUCAUCAUCACGGCCUCAGCCAAGGCCACACAUCUCAUCACCUUUAAGCCACUGCUCUCCCCAGACAAAAUGGAAGCACUCCGCUUAGUGCAUUACACCAGUGCCACCAAAGUGGCUCUCAUCUGUAAGGAGCUCUUCUGGGAGCAGGAUGGCAUCCGGGGUGGGUUCUCCAUCACCGACCGGCCCUCGCGCCACAUCUACUACCCUAGCCACAGCUUCCCCCAAGGCAAGGGAAUCCUGUUGGCCUACACUGUGGACGAUGACUCCCGCUUCUUCACAUCCAUGACGCACGAGCAGAUGGAAGAUGUGGUCCUGGAGGACGUGGCAGCCCUGCACCAGAUACCCAAGGACAAGCUGCGGCGCAUGUGCCCCUCCUCUGUGAUCAAGCGCUGGUCUCUGGAUCCCUUCACCAUGGGUGCCUUUGCUGAGUUCACACCCUACCAGUUUACCGACUACUCACAGGAACUCUUCAAGCCCGAGGGCCGCAUCCACUUUGCAGGAGAGCAUACCUCCAUGCCCCAUGGCUGGAUAGACACCGCCAUCAAGUCCGGCCUGCAGGCAGCCAGGAAUAUCCAGGCUGCUGUGGAUGAGGAGGCCACGGGAAAGCAGACAACCUUCACUUACUCCUAGGCCAUUUCUAACCCAGAGAGAAAUCCCUGAGGGAAUCUGUCAGGAAAAGUACGGGGGGGUGGGAGUUGGAGGCAGAGACCCAGGAGAGAGGUCAUCAUUAGUGCCCCCCUGGCCCACAAGUAAGAAUCCAAAAAUGCCAAAGAAUUGGUCAGAAAGUCCAUAAAGAAUCGCUCCCUUUCCUGCUCCUCUCCCUGCCAGGCCUUGAGGAGGGAAGCAACAGAGUCAGCAUAGAUGCAGGGUAAGGAGUAAAUCAAUGCUGGUGAUCAUUAGAAUCAGCCCUUAGCUUAGACUGCCUCCUGACAACAGUAACAAGCAAAGGACGAAGGCUCCAACAGUGACCUAAUUUCGGUCAUACACAGCUAGAAGCUUCUACAAGAACAGACAAACCCUGAACCACAGUGAUGUUAAACCACAGAUUGGCCACACACAAACCCACAGGGCACACAAACCCCAUCAUUUUCUGAGCUGGGGGCCUCACAUCCUGGCCCAACAUGGAAUCUAGAUGGAUGGGAGAGGUAAGGGUUUUUCUCUGUUCUUUUUGAGUUUGCAAGAGCAGGAUCUUGGCUUCCUAGAGACACUUCCUGACCUAUAGAUUUGCUCUUCACUCUUACCACCCCCAUCACCAACCAGACCCCCUCCUCUCCACCUCUGCCUAUCCAGCCUAUACCUCUGUCCAUCCCCCUGGAAGAACACCAAGCUCAUUCUCCAUACUUCCACUCUGCUCUUCCUUAACAGAAGAGCCCUGUCCUUCCACACCCAACUAAUUCCCCUUCUCUGAAUAGCCCCACCCAAGCCCCCAGGGAUCCUUCUUUCUCUUUUGAACCUCCACCCUUCCUCCCUCGAGUCCCAAAUAUUUGGGCUGUGGCUCUUCUUAUGUUAUUAUGUAAUUACUUUUAUAUAAUCUGCCCAUCUACACUGAGAGCCCCCAUAGGCUGGGAUCAUAUUGUGUAUGCCUUGGUACAUUUUCCCCCAUAAACACUACAUAUAUGCUAUUUCCCUCACCCUCUCAAUAAAUAUUCAUUUUUCAUCUACCAUGUGUCAGACAAUGUGCUGAGUGCCAUAUAUAAAGAAUGAGCAGCAUUAUUCAAUUAAAUCAAACCUCCACCUCUGAGUGUGUUCCCAAACAUUCCGAUGAUCAGCUCCCAAGUAGGGUUCAUUUUUUUUAUCCCAAAUUCUUGGGUAUUUGGGCCCAGUCACGCAAAAGGAAGAAGCAAAUGAAGUGAAAAACCCUUUGCCUGGAGAAUAUUCUUACCAGGGUGACCCUGGAAGACUCUGAAAACCAGCAUGAUGCAGGAAAUGUUAUGUCUUGAGACUGGCAUAUUGCACAGAAGGAAAGGAAUAAAGAAAAAAUUCACAUUU